GUCUGUCGAGCAGACUCUCGCAUCUUUGCCAGAAUAUCGGGUGAUUCUGUAUUUGCAUCAAAACAACGCUUUGUACACAACACCACAGCUUAAUACAUACACCCCUAUCCCUGGAUACAAAUCUAGCUUUGCCCAACAUACCUAAUAUUGCUUGCAAUGCCUCCAGCAGCACGAUCCCUCAGGCAGAGGGCUGUCACGAAUGAGAACGAUGAGAAUGCCGGCACGACACGUCUAACGCGCGCCAAAACGGCCGCGCUUGGAUCCCACGAAACAUCUUCAGACCUUCCAAAGAAGGGGUUGCAGACCAAGAAGUCUACCGCUGGUUUUGGUGCCAACGGUACAACCCGGAAGCGUGCGGCGCUUGGGGACGUCAGCAAUGUCACGAAGAACGAAGGGCUCGGUGCGGCUUCCAAAGACGGCAAGAAGCCAUUGGCCAGCAAAGGUGGACUGGUCUCCAAGGCUGCACAUCCUACCAAGAUCCAAAAGCCAUCGCGAGCAAAUUCGACGCGUUCAGUGCUUGCCCCGAAGGAGAAGAAUAAUGCGUCAUCGGAGUUGAAGCGCCCCGCGAGCGGAUCCGGUAUUGGAGGACACGCGACGAAGAAGCGAAACACGUCUGCAUCUAGCUCAAAGUCCCUGAAAGAGGAGGAUCCCGAAGAAUCUGAGAACAUUGCACCAGUGCAACAGGCAAAAGCUAGUGUUGUGGUCGAGGUUGAGAUCACAAAGGCGGCUGGUAUCAAGCAUGAGAGGACCAAGUCUCAGGCUAUUGAGGUUUUCGAGGAAGUUGAGCAGCCUGCUAUUCAGGAGGAAGUCCCAGAUCUUGACAAUGAAGAUAUCGAUGAUCCAUUGAUGGUAUCAGAGUAUGUUGUCGAGAUCUUCGAGUACCUGAAGGAGCUGGAAAUCACUACCAUGGCCAACCCCGACUACAUGGACAACCAGAACGAGUUGGAGUGGAAGAUGCGUGGGAUCCUGGUCGACUGGUUGCUUGAGGUCCACACUCGAUUCCGCCUUCUCCCCGAAACCCUGUUCCUUGCCGUCAACAUCAUCGACCGCUUUCUCUCUACCAAGAUCGUGCAAUUGGAUCGCCUUCAACUUGUUGGUGUCACCGCCAUGUUCAUCGCGUCCAAGUACGAAGAGGUCCUUUCCCCACACGUCCAGAACUUCCGACACGUUGCCGACGAUGGUUUCACGGAAGAAGAGAUCCUCAGUGCUGAACGCUUCGUCCUCGCUGCCCUCAACUAUGACCUGAGCUACCCGAACCCAAUGAACUUCCUCCGCCGGAUAUCUAAAGCCGACAAUUACGACAUUCAGACGCGUACGCUAGGCAAGUACCUCCUAGAGAUUAGUUGCCUAGACUACCGCUUCAUCGCACACCCCCCGAGCCAGGUUGCUGCUGCAGCUAUGUAUCUGGCUCGGCUCGUCUUGGAUCGUGGCGAAUGGGACGCCACACUUGCGCACUAUGCUGGCUAUACCGAGGAAGAGAUUCAACCCGUCCUACAACUCAUGAUUGACUAUCUGUCUGGGCCGGUGGUGCAUGAAGCAUUCUUCAAGAAGUAUGCUAGUAAGAAGUUCCUGAAAGCAUCUAUUGUUCUUCGUCGUUGGGCUAAGGAAUACGUGAUUCAAUAUGGUAAUGUCCUACACGAAGAAUCGAAGUCACGAAAAUGAGCGACCUGCUAAGACUGUGUCUUUGCGUUAGGUCUGCGCUGGCGUGCCUUCUGCGUCUGCGACCUUCGCCCUUCACGCU